AAGAUCAUACCGUGGCAAAACCUGAUCAGCGUUUCUUCGCUUGUACCAGCAACACCACACCACACCAGGCCAUGGCUAUGGCUCUGGACUCCGAAACCGACCUGUCGUUUCCCUACUGGACCUGCGUUCGCCGACGUUUCGGUCCCGACUCUUCUUUCUUUGCCAGCGGAAACCUCGAGAGAGAACUUCUCGCCAAACAGGUUGCCUUAGAUUUAACAGCAGAUGAAAAGCAUCAGCUUCAGAACAUGGUAUACCAGGAUACCAGGGAGGUAUUCUGUCCAAUUGCCGGUUGUGGUGCGCGAUUGACUUCAUUGGAGGACUUUGAAAAUCAUUAUAAUGCACGGCAUACUGCAUCCUGUUCGUUCCAUCCAGGGAAAAAUGUGGGGCUUGGGAAGGACUAUACCAUCUUCUUCUUGAUUGAUGGUCUCGUGAAAUUUGAGAAGUUUGGACUUGACAAGAAGAAGCCUGAGAACCCCAACAGCCAUAGAGCAGGGAAGAGAGAAUACUUCAGGAUGUGCAGAGAACGAAGGAAGGUAAAACAGGAAGGCAUCGUUGCUCAACCAGAAUUAAUCCUUGCUUCAGCAGCUGACGCCACAGAUGAGAGUCCAAUUAGCUAGUUUUGAAAACUGACAAUCUACUUUUUCUUCCUUUACAUUGUACCAAAAUGAGGCUGUCAAGUCAAUAUUUUUUCAUUGAAAUUGAAUACACUUUAUAUCAAGCUAGCAAUUUCUAUUUCUCGAGUGCAAGCUUGGUUUUAAGCUCAGGAAUGAAUAAAUCGAUUCUCAUGUC